UCUCUGAAAUUCGGUCGACUCUACGUGUUACGUGUCUUCUCGCUAAAGGCCCAGUGGAGACUUGAAACAUUGUCAAUUUCUAAUUUAUAUAUUCAGCUUCAAACUGAAGCCUUCUUUGUUUCUUCUUGUUUCUUCGUUAAAAUCCAGAAUCAGAGUUUGGGUUCUGGGUUUGAUGGGGGCUAAUAUGUCUGGUAUUGUAUCAGACACCAAUGGAGACGCUUUGUCUUCAUUGAGGCCAAGAUUAGAUGACAUUCCAGAGAGCUGUGUGGCAAUGGUUUUGAUGCAUUUAGACCCACCUGAGAUCUGCCAAUUGGCUCGACUGAAUCGGGCUUUUCGGGGUGCUUCUUCAGCCAAUUUUAUAUGGGAAUCGAAAUUGCCUUCCAAUUAUGGGUUCAUUAUGGAGAAAGUGUUUGGUGAUAAUACAAAAAAGACAGUGAAUUUGAGCAAGAAAGAUCUUUACGCCAUGCUUUGCUGUCCCAAUCCCUUUGACGGUGGCACAAAGGAGAUAUGGCUGGAUAAAAUUACUGGUGGAGUUUGUGUUUCUAUUUCUUCUAAAGCUUUAAAGAUUACUGGGAUAGAUGAUAGGAGAUACUGGACUCCCAUUUCAGUUCGGGAAUCAAGAUUCCAGACAGUGGCAUAUCUUCAACAAAUAUGGUGGUUUGAAGUAGCCGGAGAGUUUGAGUUUCAAUUUCCUUCAGGGACGUAUAGCCUAUUCUUCAGACUCUAUCUUGGGAAGCCAUCGAAGAAACUAGGUCGGCGUGUAUGCAACUCUGAACACAUCCACGGGUGGGAUAUGAAACCUGUACGUUUCGAGCUAACAACUUCAGAUGGUCAACAUGCUGUAUCCCAAUACUUUUUGGAUAAUCCUGGAACAUGGGUUCACUACCAUGUAGCAGAGUUUGUAGUUGCGAAUCCUAAUGCACUGACAAGGAUCAAAUUUUCAUCAACUCAGAUCGAUUGUACUCACACCAAAGGCGGUCUUUGUGUAGACAGUGUUCUGAUAUACCCCUCUACUCUGAAAACUGAUUAGAUUAAAUCAUUCCUGUAAAAUACGAAGGCGUGGGAGCCCCAUAGUCAAUAGCCAUUUAGAUUCAGGUUGGUUUCGUGGGUGUGACGCUGUUUUAGGAGAGAUGUACAUCCUAAUCCUUCCGGUGUGUUUCUUCUGUAUAUAUCUUUUUUUUUGUGGUUAUAUAUAUAUUUUUC